UAAAGUCUCGCGGUGCUGCUGGGCUCAGCCCCGUCUCCUCCUCCUGCUCCCUCUCGGCCGGGCGGCGGUGACUGUGCACGGAGAUCGGAGCGGGCAGCGCAGCCGUGCCCGCCCCGCCAGCAUGGCCACCACCGCCCCCUGCACCCGCUUCACCGACGACUACCAGCUCUACGAAGAGCUCGGCAAGGGGGCUUUCUCUGUGGUCCGAAGGUGUGUCAAGAAAACCUCCACUCAGGAGUAUGCAGCAAAAAUCAUUAACACCAAGAAGCUAUCAGCCCGAGAUCACCAGAAGUUAGAACGGGAGGCCCGAAUAUGCCGGCUCUUGAAACACCCAAACAUUGUGCGUCUCCAUGACAGUAUUUCUGAAGAAGGGUUCCACUACCUCGUCUUUGACCUCGUUACCGGCGGGGAACUGUUUGAAGACAUUGUAGCCAGAGAGUACUACAGUGAAGCCGAUGCCAGCCACUGUAUUCAUCAGAUCCUAGAGAGCGUCAACCACAUUCACCAGCAUGACAUCGUGCAUCGUGACCUCAAGCCUGAGAAUCUUCUGCUGGCGAGUAAAUGCAAGGGUGCUGCUGUUAAACUGGCUGACUUUGGACUGGCCAUUGAGGUGCAAGGGGAUCAGCAGGCUUGGUUUGGCUUUGCUGGUACGCCAGGGUAUCUGUCCCCUGAAGUCUUGAGGAAAGAUCCCUAUGGAAAACCUGUGGAUAUCUGGGCCUGUGGCGUGAUCUUGUAUAUACUUCUGGUGGGAUAUCCUCCCUUCUGGGAUGAGGAUCAGCAUAAGCUGUAUCAGCAGAUCAAAGCUGGAGCCUAUGACUUUCCAUCACCAGAGUGGGACACUGUGACUCCUGAAGCCAAGAACCUAAUCAACCAGAUGCUGACAAUAAAUCCUGCCAAGCGUAUCACAGCUGACCAAGCACUGAAACACCCGUGGGUCUGUCAACGUUCUACAGUGGCCUCAAUGAUGCACCGGCAGGAAACUGUGGAAUGUUUGAGGAAGUUCAAUGCCCGGAGAAAGCUGAAGGGUGCCAUCCUCACAACAAUGUUGGUCUCCAGGAAUUUUUCAGUUGGCAGGCAGAGCUCCGCCCCCGCCUUGGCCGCUGUGAGCGCCGCCGGCCUGGCCGGGCAAGCUGCCAAAAGCCUGUUGAACAAGAAAUCAGAUGGAGGUGUGAAGAAAAGGAAGUCGAGUUCCAGCGUACACCUGAUGAGCAACAACAAAAACAGUCUCGUAAGCCCAGUCCAAGAGCCUGCGCCAUUGCAGACGGCCAUGGAACCCCAAACCACCGUGGUACACAAUGCAACAGACGGGAUCAAGGGCUCCACAGAAAGCUGUAACACCACCACUGAAGAUGAAGAUCUCAAAGCUGCCCAGCUCCGCACUGGGGAUCGCAGCAGCUUGGGGUCUGAUGGACGGAGCCCCCGGGACAGAACAGCCCCCUCAGCAGGCAUGCAGCCCCAGCCUUCUCUCUGCUCCUCAGCCACCGCUCGCUCCUGUGAGGAAAGGCUUAUGGCCUGGGACGGGCCAGGGCUCCCAUCAGGGUUAGCACGUGCUCAAUCCGAGCCCUCCCUCACUCUUGUGGUGCCUUUCGCUCAUAGUGGCGCUCCGUUUCGAAAACAAGAGAUCAUUAAGAUCACGGAGCAGCUGAUUGAAGCCAUCAACAAUGGGGAUUUUGAUGCCUACACGAAGAUCUGUGAUCCAGGCCUCACCUCCUUCGAGCCUGAGGCACUCGGCAACCUGGUGGAGGGGAUGGACUUCCAUAAAUUUUACUUUGAGAAUCCCCAGCCCUGCUCUGAUGCCAUCACUCAUCCAUCUCCAUAUCAGUUUCCAUCCCUGUCCCCAGUAUUCCAGCUGUGCAAAGUACUGUCUAAGAACAGCAAGCCCAUCCACACUACCAUCCUGAACCCUCACGUGCAUGUCAUUGGCGAAGACGCUGCCUGUAUCGCUUACAUACGCCUCACCCAGUACAUCGAUGGCCAGGGCCGGCCUCGGACCAGCCAGUCUGAGGAGACCAGGGUCUGGCAUCGCCGUGAUGGCAAAUGGCUCAACGUGCACUACCACUGCUCGGGGGCCCCUGCUGCCCCGCUGCAGUGAGCUCUCCCACAGCAGUGCUGUUAAGAAAUUCCCAGCCAGAGGUCAAACCUUCGCAGCCAGCGGCUCUGGAGGGCCUGAGUGACAGCGGCAGUCAUGUUCGUUUGAGGUUUAAAAACAAUUAAAAUUACAAAGCGGCAGCAAUCAAUGCACGCCCCUGCAUGCAGCCCGCCCGCCCGUCCAUCGUGUCUGUCUCUGCUGUACCGAGGUGUUUUUUACAUUUAAAAAAAAAAAGAAAAAAGAAAAAAAGAUUGUUUAAAAAAAAAAAAGGAAUCCAUACCGCUGAUCAUGUUUUAAAACCACCUGCAGCCCCCCGGGCUGGCAAGAGGGCGCAAGUUUGAGCAGCGGGCUCGUCUACCUGGCAGCGUGUGAGCCUGGGUUCACAACCCCCACAGACUCUGGCGGGGCCAGGCAGGAACUCUUUACACUGACCCUGCUGGAGGCCACAAAAGCAGCUUGGGCAGGGUCACCUGGAUCUCUGCAGCCCCUGAGGCGGCUUGCCCAGCCUUGGGUCCUGGGAAUGGACUUCUUCAGAGUCUGCACAUGAGCCCGGGAGGAGGGCCAAAGCAGCAACAGGUCAUGAGAUGGCUAAUGCUUGGAGCUUAAUUUUCCCUUCCCUGGGGGAAAGAUGGCCUUAUCCCUAGGCAACUACCCAGUGCAAAGGCAGCACCGAAAAGCAGUGGCUCCAAGAUGGAGGGCUCGUGGGUAGGGUUCUACUGUACUGUUCCACUUAGUGUAGAUGGGAGACUUGGUGCUGCAGAAAUUUGUCCAUUAGGAAGCAGGCAGAAACCUGGUGUUAGUCUGACAUGUACGUCCCUCAUCCACCCAUUUCUAUAGGACGCACAGCCAAGCAUGGGUCUAGGUACCAAGGCCUGGGCCCCCAGCUGGGAAGGGGUAGGGGCUGCCGCCUUGUUUGUUCUAGUGUGACUUGGCCAGGAUGGAGCCCAGAGCCUGCCACUCCCCCGCAGCCUUGGGCAGUUGUGUUUCUGUGCUGAUUUCAGUUGUCUUUGUCUUGCUUUUUUUCCACGGUGAUGGCCCCAAUUCCAAACCCCAUCUGGGCCUGGGGCCACUACGGAGUGCCCUAGUGGGAAUGGGAGAAGUGGGACUGUCCAUCUCAUUUUCUCUCCAGAGUUGGCUUGUCUAACUCUUGCCUAGGUGUCCCUGUUUCAAGACGCCUCUCUACUGACCAACAGAGGCUCAGAAUUGCUGCUGGAGAGUCUUGCAUGGGCCUUCACCUUCCUCUACCCUGCAUGCACCCCAAAAAAGGAGGUGCCCAGGGCCACGGCUCCCCUUAAAUCAAUUUUCCUUCCUGUUCCCAGGGGGUUCUACUGCCACAAGGGAGGGAAGGCAGAACGAAGGAAAGGUGCUUGAGGACAAAUUCGUCAUAUGCCAGGGUCCUCUGCACAAAUACCUACCUACCUGUACCUUUCCAGGGAAGGUGGGCAGGCCUGAAGUCCCUGGAGUGCCUUCAGAGUAUGAAGCUAUAGUGAGAAGGGGCAGGAGAGGAGCCAAAAGCCCCCAAAGGGCAGGUGUGAGCGCUUCGGUUGGGUUUGGUCAGACUCAGUGGAACACGUGUGCAUGCCCACCCUCUGGGCCCCAGGCCCCCUUUCCUUUCCUGUAUUCUGCAUUUGCCAGCACGCAGACUACUUCACAACACGGUUUGGUUUUGCAGUCUUUGGAGACAAAUGGUCUUUGAAACCCAUAGCUUGGUAUCGGCUGCUCAAGCCCCACCUCUCUCCUUAGCAUUCUUACUCUCCUCUCCUGGGGCUAACGUCAGCAUCUAUAGAAUUUAGAUUAUUAAAAAAAAAUCACCUUUUAAACAGGAAAUGGAAGGCAUUUGAUGCAGAAUUUUUGCAUGAUGACAUAGAAAUAAUUUAAAAAGUAGCUAGUGUUUGUUCUGAAUGUUGGUAGACCCUUCAUAGCUUUGUUACAACGAAACCUUGAACUGAAGAUAUUUAAUAAAAUAACAUUUAAACAGUC